UCAAAUUAUUUAUUCCUUCCUAUCCAUGUUUUUUUUCAUUGGUUUGAGUUUGAGGUUAAACCUUGGUUGUAUAUUAAUUUGUGUAAAGCAGGUCGGUUUCUUCAUAAAGAAAUAAACAGCCUAAUAAAGGAAUAAAGCAAGAUGCAUAAGACGGGUGCAACAAGGUAUCAAAAGUUUCUCAAGUCAGAAAAAGCCAAGACCAAAUUAAAAGGAAAAAAAGAUUUACCAAAGGGCACCAAUGUUACUAAAACAAACUUUAAAGUAAAAAAAAUUAUAAUCCAGGAACAACUUAAGAAACAUGGUCAAACAGAAGCCUUGUCCUCAAAGAAGCUAAAUGCUAAAGAAUUGUUAUCACGACUAAGUCACUUUAACACAAAUGCCCGUAUGGAAGCCUUAAGUGGAUUAAAAGAACUGAUAACUCUGCACAGUGACUUUUUGGAAGUAAACUUAGGUCAAUUUAUUCAUGGUGUGACACCUUUGAUUUUAAACAUUGAAAAAAAUGUACGACGCGAGUCAAUAAAGGUAGUUCACUUGGUGUUAACACAUGUAAGCACAGACAAAAUAGACCCUUUCUUUGAUGUUUUAUCAACAUACCUCAGAAGUGCGAUGACACAUAUUGAUAGCAGAAUUCAAGAAGACUCUCUUUUAUUCCUUGAUGUAUUAUUAUUGUGUACCCCGCAACUAAUAGCCCAUGAUUUUCAUAAGAUUAUACCAAAUUUCUUAGAUAUGAUAUCAAAGUUGAAGGAUGCAAAUCAAGGGAGGACAUUGACUGUUAAUUUAAACAGCCAAAUCACUACUGUAAAGUGGCGUGUGAAAGUAUUUCAACGUCUGCAACAAUUCUUGCAUAAAUUUGCUGAGUGCAAUGAUGUUUACAAGUCAGAACAGUUAUCUGACAAGACUCGGGUAUUUGACAUAACAAAUAAAAAUAAUUUUCCAUUAUUCAAUCCAAUUUAUACAUCCAUAUGCACAGUGUCAUGCUUUUCAUCUAAAAACUCUCAAAACACCCUUAUAUCAGAUGAAGUGGGAAAGUUUCAAUCCUAUGUAGAAACUUUAAUGCCCUUAAUGUUUGAAAUUUGGCUUGAAGCACGCCCUAAUGUAAAGGGAGAUAAAAAUAUUGAAACUGUCAUAAAUGAAGAUGCUGCAAUAUUAUUGAAACACAUUCUUGAUGUCAUUUCUAUGAUAUGGAAACUUGUGGAAUACUUCAAUAAAAAAUAUCCUAAUUCCUUGUUACAAAAUAACUUUAUACAAAAAUAUAAGUCUCUGUUUAGCCAGCAUUUUGUUGCUGCCUUUCCUUACGUAACUAAUGUAAGGUCACGGUUACCAAAAACAGAUUUACCAUUUGAAAGCACAAUUAUAGACCCUAAGCUAAUAACUGAAAAUUUGGAAAUUUGUUAUUUGUAUAUUACUAUCAAUCCAAACCUAAAUAUAAAAAACAACCAAAAAGAUGUAAUUGCUGUCUUCAAUUAUAUUGAAAACAAUUUUUCCAGUAACUCUCAAGACACCAUGUUAGAGGUUGCAAUUAGAAUUAUGCACAAAAUAAUUUCAGAAGAGAUAAGCAUUAAUUGGACAAAAUCAUUAAAUAUAGUAGAAUCAUUAUUUAAAAAAAUAAUCUGGACUUACUGCAGCGAUAGUUCUUCUACAUAUCUGAAGCAGCAAAUGUUUGCAUUGCUAUGUAAGACUUAUUUAAAUAAUAAUUUAGUUAAUUUUCAUUCUUGUUCAGCUUUUGUAUAUUGGCUCCAAAUUUUACCAGAUGUAUUGUUAGAUAGCACAAUCAGUUCAGAUACAAUUGAUAUUCUUCAUAGGCUUGCUGUGAGUAACAAUAAAAGUUUUAACAGUGUAGUUAAACCUAAACUAACAGAUAUUAUAAAAAACUUACCUAAAAUAACAGUAAGUGAUACAACACAAAAAAGUGCUUACUAUAAACUGUUUUCUAUAUUGUACUGGAUAAAUUCUUGGGAUAUAAAGUCUUUUGAAUUGUUAGAAAACCAGAUUAUGAACAAUGAAUACAAUAGUGAUUAUGGAAAAUAUAUUCUAGACACUUUAAAAUGUAGAGGUGGCACAUCAUAG